UCUAUUUUCUGCAGGACAGUAAGAUGAACAGAUCCAUCCUCCUCGCAGUCCUGCUCUGUCUUCUUAACCAUGGCGCCGACACAGCCACUGCUUGGGAUGACAAAGACUUCUUCAGCUAUUGUCCACCCCAAACCUGCGGUGAUGGACCUGAGAUCCGGUUCCCUCUCUGGUUUGAAUCCAGCAACGCAUCAUGCCGCGGUGCGGUAUCCACAAAGCUAGUGUGCUCCGGCAACAGCGACACCAUCCUACUACACCCGUUUCUUGGCGCAUCGAAAGUGACCGCCGUGGAUUACAAGAAUGCUGCCAUGAAGAUCAUCCCGUUGAUAGGGUACUCCGCGUGCCCGAUCCAAGAGUUAACUGAACCAGCUCACUCCUCCGCGUGCCCGAUCGAGGAGCUCAUUGAUGCAAAUGUUUUCGAGGGUGGUUGCGACUUGUACGACUACAAUCCUGCAAGGCUAGUAGACUGUUCAAGGGAGUUCACGCCAAGUGAUGUUCAACUUAGCAAUUUUUUUGACUCUGGUGGUGCUGCCGAUAAUAUUGCCGGCCCGAUCCCUUGUCUUAGCAGCAACCCAGGUCGUUUCACGUAUUUGGUGCAUGCUGAUCUACCCAUGGCCCUUCUUCCUUCGGACUGCAAGCUCGUCUCAACACGUGAAGUGCACAUACCAAACGUAAAUAUGAGUCCCAGUCCUGUAACAUUCAAGGAAAAGGUGGAAGCCAUCUUAGGUCCUUCUGAGAUGACAAUCACUUGGAGAGAAGGUCCACGUGAAUCAAAACCUACCUUGAACUGCACAGAUUGUGAAGAAUCCGGCCACCGCUGUGCAUUCAGCUCACAAAGGAAUCAAACGUUCUGCAUGCCCAAAGGUUCACAUGUCGAAGUCAUUGCAGUGACAUCAUCAGUGGCCGUUUGUAUAAUUCUCUCUCUGAUUGUGGCAACUGCACUUUACCUAAAACUGAAGUCGAAGUACAAUAAAGAGAUAUAUUUGAAGGUUGAAAUGUUUCUUCAGACAUAUGGAACGUCAAAACCCACAAGGUAUCAGUUCUCUGAAGUUAAGAAGAUAACAAGACGGUUUAAGGAAAGAGUAGGCCAAGGUGGAUUUGGAAGUGUGUACAAAGGCCAGCUACCGAACGGAGUGCCAGUGGCGGUCAAGAUGCAAGAAAACCCUACAGGAGAAGGCGAAGAAUUCAUGAAUGAAGUUGCAACCAUUGGGAGAAUUCAUCAUGCAAACGUUGUGCGCCUGCUAGGCUUUUGCUCUGAAGGCACCAGAAGGGCUCUUAUUUAUGAAUUCAUCCCAAAUGAGUCAUUGGGCAAAUACAUAUUCUCGUGUAGUCACAAUGCUUCGCAAGGUAUCCUGGCACCAAACAAAAUGCUAGACAUUGCUUUAGGUGUUGCUCGAGGAAUGGAGUACCUACAUCAAGGAUGCAACCAGCGCAUCCUCCAUUUUGACAUCAAGCCUCACAAUAUCUUACUGGACUACAGCUUCAAUCCAAAGAUUUCAGAUUUUGGCCUUGCAAAGCUGUGCGCGAGGGACCAAAGCAUUGUAACCUUGACCAAAGCAAGAGGCACAAUGGGCUAUAUUGCACCAGAGAUAUAUUCUCCAAAUUUUGGUGGGAUAUCAUACAAGUCAGAUGUUUACAGUUUUGGCAUGCUAGUGCUAGAGAUGGUGAGUGGAAGAAGGAACUCAGACCCAUGUAUUGAGAACCAAAAUGAAGUUUACUUUCCUGAGUGGAUCUACGACAGAGUAAUCAAUGGGCAGAAUCUGGUCGUUUAUAGGGAACUAACAGAAGAGGAGAAAGAAAUUGUGAGGCAGCUAGCCAUUGUGGCACUCUGGUGCAUUCAGUGGAACCCCAGAAACCGGCCAUCAAUGACAAAGGUGGUAAACAUGUUAACAGGAAGGUUUCAGAACCUACAGAUACCACCUAAGCCGUUUGUCUCCUCCGAAAGCAAUCCUGUGCAAUAAAACUAUGAAGAACAUGCUAGCGUGAUUUAAUAAAUAUAAUAGUACUAGCAUUAGCAUGCAAUAUUUGGAUUACUCUGCUGCAUUAGGCUAUUGGCCACCCGAGGCAAAACUUUUUCGGUAUUCACCAUGUAAUAAUUCUGUUAGAAAUGUAUCACUGAUAUGAUAUCACGCUGUGCUUGGUAUUUUACGAUUUUAGUGGUUGCUGCUAUUAUUUCUC